UGAUCUUGGAGCUACUAUUUUUUUUUAUAUCUAAUAUAUGAAUGUAUUUGUCUCCCUGUGUGUCUCCUUUUUCAAUUUCACUAAGCUUGUAAUUUAUUAAUCAAAAAAUACUAAAAAGAAGUCCCACAAGUUUCAAGCAACACAUAAACAAAAAAAGGAAAAUGGGAUCAGGUCAUAAGACAAAACCCUAAAUUCUAUCUUAACUAUCUACGUCUAGUGUUGGGUUUGAGCACUUCUCCACUUCCUAAGUUUUUGGGUUAAUCAGAAGCACUACUUCCUUCAAACUCGUUGUACUUCUAAUUCCCACCAAAGAGAAUCACAGAAAGCUGAAAAAUGGAAAAAGAAACCGUUUUUUGGUGCUUACAUUUUAUCACAAUUUUGGCUCCAAAAGAAUUUCAGGAUAACCACCAUAUAUAUGAGAAAACAAACGAGGAAGUUACAUUGGAAAGUGAAGCAGAAUUUCUGAACCUGAGCAAGAAAACCAGAUGAUUCCACUAGGAUCAGGAAUGGUCGUGGCAAGACUAGAGCGAAAGGUCUUGAAAGGAUGAGGAAGACUAUGGGAAGCAAGAUGAAAAUUGAGAUUCCAGUUGGUAAAGGGAGGCCAACUAAGCCAACACAGUCGGAAAAAUUAUCCAAUGAACUAGGGAUAAUUGCCAGGAAUUUUCUUUCGCUUCCAAACAAGUGGAAGGAACUCACAAUAGAGGACAAAGAUGCAGCACUAAUUAGAUGCCACGAGAAGUUUGAAAUUGAUUUGGACGAGUAUUGCGUGAAAGAUAGUGUUGAAGAUAUUCUGAAAAAUAGAAGCCGACAAUGGCGUUACAAGUUAAAACAGCUAUUUGAAAGUGCACGUUCCGAGGAAGAAGCUCGUAAAAUUGAAGUGCCAGAGUUGACCCGAGAAAAUUGUAAUAAGCUUUGUGACAUGUGGGCUGAUCCAGCGCAUAAGAAACGAUGCGAGAUAAACAGGGCCAAUCGAGCUAAGCUUAAAAUUAAUCAUUUUAUGGGGUCAAAAGCGUUUGUACCUGCUCGGGCUGAACUUGCUGAAAAUGGAGUAGAGCCUGACAGAAUCGAGUUCUACAAGAGUACUCAUUACUCUACUGAAAAAGGAUGGUCAUCUCUAGAGGCUGAGACUAACUAUAACAAUAUGAAAGAUUUGAAAGAUAUAUAUACUUCGGGAGAGCCGGGAGAGCCUUGCAUGACCACUGAUCAAAUUAUGGAUACUACGCUUGGUACAAAAUCGGGGUACAUUAAAGGUCUCAGUUAUGGUCCGAAACCUGAUACUACGAGAGCCACACAAAGAAGAACGGCAGAAUUAGAAGAUUCCCUUAGAAAGACGAAAGAGGAAGCUGCUAGUGCCCAACAUGAUUUACAUAAACGAUUAAAUACAGCUGAAAUUGUGGUAGAGACCCAGCAGUCCAAGAUAGAAACCCAGCAGUCCCAGAUAGAAACCCAGUAGUCCCAGAUACAAGCAUUAAAUUCUCAAUUGGUUACUCUAGCAGCACGCCAAGAAGAAAUGUUUAAAAAAAUGCAACAUUUCGUUAGCUCAUCGCCAUCAAGGUAUUAAAUGUGGGAAUUGAAUCAAGACUGAUUGCAAGUUGAGUGUCACCACAUUAUUAGUAUUUUGAAAAAAUUUGCACUAUCUGUCUUAUUUUAGGAGUAAUAUUUCGUAUAUUUCAGUUGGAUUGGUACUUUGGAAGAAACUGCAUUGUCUGUCUUAGUUUAGGAGUAAUAUUUAGUAUAUUUCAGUUGGAUUUUCUUGUUAUUAGACAAUUUUACUUUUGUUUAGGAGUUUGUAAAGAGAUAUGAUCUCAGUACAAUUUUAGUUGUUCUUAAUUGUAUGAUCAUGGGUGAAUUGUAUUAUUAUCUGGUAUGUUUUAUUAUUUUAUUUUCAAUUUAUGCAAUUCUAUUUUAAAAACUAAUAUCUACAAAAUAAUUAAACGUCAUCGAAUGUCUAUAAUUAGUGACAAAUAUUUUGUCAUUAAAGGAUUAAUUUUUGGCGACGACUAAACUAAAUUUUUCUAGACAAAUAUAUUUUCGUCACGAAACAAAUUAGUUCGUCAUAAGUUGACUACGUUUAGCGAC